AUGGAACAACCCGAAAACUCAACAAACACUGUCACCUAUCAUCACCCAACAGUGAUGAAUGCUGAGCCUGGUGUUGGUCUUCCAGACCUGGCAGAAGCAUAUCGUCACCCCUCAGUCUAUCGAAGUCGGCAAUCGUCUGCCAUAGUCGAGGAAUGGCUGACGUCGGAGAGUCCAGUAGCGCGAGCAACAUCAUUCAGCAGCCACCAGCUACCUCAGAACCCACAGCGGCUGCCAUCACUUUGUGUACAGACAACGAUACCAGAUGUGCCGCCGUACCAGCAAGCUCAAUUCUACUACCAUCCAAGUCAACCCACAGCCGAGCCACCACUGAUUUACUCGGGAACUUCUCCUCCACAGUACCUCGAAAACCACGACCAGUCUCCGCCUCACCAUCUGCAUAUAUCGGAGCUGCAGCAUAGUACCGAGCAAAAUCUGCACGGCUCGCUUCCCUGGAAUGAUGGCCUUUAUCCUCCGCCGGGAUCCAAUACUGCCUGGGGUCUGGGUCACGAAUAUAUGCACUCUCGAUAUUCAGCGCCACCAUUGUCACCAUACUCGUCCUCCUCCGUACCUUACAGCAGUGGUCCUUACACCGAGUACUGUUCCUCGCCCGAGCCGUAUCCACCCGUUCUCGGAGCUCGAAUUCCCAGAAGCAGACCAAGUGAUGAGUACGACAUGGAGGAGGCUGAAGGGCCUAGCACAGGCAAGCCGUACGCGCAGCUGAUUCAGGAGUGUCUGCUACAGGCUCCGGGUCAUCGCAUGAUGCUCAGAGACAUUUAUGACUGGUUCGAGGCCAACACCACGAAACCUCUCGAAUCAGGUGGUACCGGCUGGCAGAACAGCAUUCGACACAAUCUGUCGAUGAACAAGGCUUUCAAGAACGACAAGACCACCAAUGUCAACUCCAGAGGCGAGCCCAAAAAAGCUACCAGCAUCUGGUACCUUACACCAUAUGCCCUUCGCAAUGGCGUCGAGUCUACAACAAGAUAUCGCAAGAACAACCAUGCUCGUCGUCCGGCAGCACACCGCUAUGACCGUGAUCAGAAGCGGAUCUCCUCUGGUCGCAAGGGAGGCCAGGCGGCGCGCAAAGCAACACACAUGCGACGUAUGAGAGCCGAAGGCUGGCCUCACCAGCAGCAAGUCGACGUUGGCACGCAUGAAUCGUUCAACAAUCUGGUACGGGCCGCUAAUGCAAUGGCUGAGUAUCCCUGUACCCGGGGAAGCAGCCCUCCCUCUCCUCCCGAGGAGCUACCAAGCACACCGACCGACUACUUCCCCUCCCGGGAGUAUGUUCUGGACAACUCAGUUGGGUACGAUUGUCAAGCAAAUCGGCUCAGCUUCAGUGAUCUACGAAUGCAGGACGCUUUGGCUCAAGCGGGAUACGGGCAAGCGAGCGAGGUGCAAUGGCAAUGA